AUGUCCCUGGGAUCUCCCUUGAAUUCCCAGACCAGAAAGCCCAGGAGUAGCGCUGCCAAUAAAGAUAUUAGUGGGUCUGAAGAGUUUCAUGGGGGUUCAAGUGACAGCCUGCAAGACUGAAUUGACUCUAAAGGUUGUUGCUGAGGCCAGUGUCACCAUGCAGAGGUGAAGGUGGUAGGUCUGGAAUCCUCAGAGAAGAUCUUCAUGAUCCAAGGGUGCUCAGGAGCUCCUGGAGCCCCAGGACCCAAAGGAGAAGCUGGCAUUGCUGGAGAAAGAGGACUGAAAGGUCCUCCAGGGAACCCAGGCAAAGCUGGCCCAAUGGGAAGCAAAGGAGAAAAAGGAGCCCCAGGGAUGUCAUCAUCCUUUGGGGCAAAGGAUCUGGAAAACAUGCUGUGUACGAAUGGACCAAGAACCUGUAAGGAUCUGGUGAACCAGGGGAAGAUCCUGAGUGGCUGGUACACGGUCUAUCCCCAUGACUGCUCCCCCAUGACUGUGUUAUGUGACAUGGACACCGAUGGUGGGGGAUGGACUGUUUUCCAAAGACGAGCUGAUGGGUCUGUGAAUUUCUUCCGGGACUGGGCUGCAUACAAGAGAGGCUUUGGCAGUCAGCUAGGGGAAUUUUGGAUGGGGAAUGACAACCUCCAUCGCCUAACAACUCAGAGAAACAAUGAACUCCGAAUUGACCUCCAAGACUUUGACCACAACCAUUUCUUUGCCAAGUACGCAUCAUUCCAGAUUCUGGGAGAGACAGAAAAAUAUAUGCUGAUCCUGGGAAACUUUGUGGAUGGGACUGCAGGUGACUCAAUGACCUACCACAGUAACAAGUCAUUUACCACCAAGGACCAAGACAAUGAUGAAGACAAAUCCAACUGUGCCCAGAUGUUCAAGGGGGGCUGGUGGUAUGGAAAAUGCCACUUUGCUAAUCUCAAUGGGCUCUACUUCCAGGGAAACCAUGAAAGCUAUGCCAAUGGAAUCAACUGGAAGACUGGAAAAGGGUACAAUUAUUCUUACAAAAUAUCUGAAAUGAAGUUCAGGCCUGUCUAACCCCAGAUACUCUGCAGCUAUUGAAAGAAUUCAGGACCAGACUAUCAGGGGAGGGAGCUACACAAAGAACUAUUGUUGAUGCUGUUCCUAACCAUAGUGUGGGUGUGGGCAAGAUGGAGCAGAGAUGCUGCUUGCAUUGGGGAGGGGAGGGCAUUAAAGGUAAUUCUACACAAGUUCUAAAGGCA